AAAGAAAAAAAAACAGAGUCUGAGAGAAAGAGAGAAAGGGAGAAACGAAAUUGGGAAAAAGAAUUGCAAAGCUAGGGGUUAGAAAGACGACUCAGAAGAGCUGAAAGCACAUAUAAGAGAGAAUUGUUGGAAUGAGUGGGGAUAAUGAUAUCACGUUUAUGAUAUACUACGACGGGAAGUUUGAAAAUUUAGAAGGAAUUCUAAGCUAUGUUGGUGGAAAAGUUCAUCAUCUUGAAACCACUCCUCAGUGUCUUUUUGGUGGGAUAAUCUCGGCAGGGUUUGUUGAUAUGUAUGGGCAGCGAGUGUGGUACAAGUUUCCUUUCGAAGAAUUCUCAGAUUUGAAGGUGUUGUUUGAUGGUGGUUUAAACUUCCAAAAGAUGUGUGAGGCUGCACAAUAUGUGAAGACACUAGAGAUCUAUCUUGAGCAUGAGGACGUUAACAAUGAGGCUGAAGAGAGUGAAUCAGCUGCUGCGCAAGAUGCUCAAUCAGAAGCACAUGAUGUUGAAACAGCUCCGCUUGAUGAUGCUGAUUCGGGAAUAGAGAGGAAUGAUUCCCGAGAUGAUAAUGUACCUGACCCGCGGGAUGAGCUUGUAGAUGAAAUAGUUGCAGAUUUUGUUGAUGAAGAAGAGUACAACGAAGCUCACAGAGAUACACCUCCAGGCUCAGAUGAUGAAGAAGGCGACAUCACUUAUGAAAGAUGGCAGAGAGGAAGUGGAGAGUUGAAAAUUAUGAUGGUUUUUGAAAGCAUAAACGAGUUCAAGGAAGCUGUGUUAGAGUAUGCAUUGAAGGGAGGCUGGAAUGUGAAAUACACAAGAUGGGGAGAUCAAAUUUCCGAAGCAAAGUGUGCUGUAGUGGGUGAGGUUCCUUGUACUUGGAGAAUCUACUGUUCUUUUGAGAAAUCAGUGCAGCAGUACAUGGUGAAGUCAUUUCAAGAAGAGCACACUUGCACCAAAGACGGGUACUGCAAAUUGUUGACUGAUCAUGUGAUUGCUAAGCUUCUGCUAAAUGAGAUCAGACACGACAAUGCACUAGCGCCAAGACACAUCCAAGAAAUCAUUGAAGACAAAUACAACUUGACGGUGACACAUGAUAUCGCUAGAAAGGCCCGAAAGAGAGCACUGAAUAUGAUCAGUGAUGAGUUUGAUGAACAAUUUGCAAGGAUAAAAGACUACAAAGAGCAUAUCCUAAAAACAAACCCUGGUUCUACUUGUGAUGUUGCAACAAUCAUUAGAGAAGAUGGUGUUGAGAUCUUCGACAAGUUUUAUGUGUGUUUUAAAGCUCUAAAGACAAUAUGGAGAGCUUACUGUCGACCCAUUUUUGGGAUUGAUGGGUGCUUUAUGAAAUCCACUUCAAAAGGACAACUCCUUGCAGCUGUGGGACGAGACGCAAACAACCAAAUAUAUCCCGUUGCGUGGGGCAUUGUUCAAGUUGAGGACACCGACAAUUGGAAGUGGUUCAUUCAACGGGUGAAGCAUGAUUUAAAUCUCCAAAGUGGCCAAGGGUUCACACUUAUCUCUGACAAACAAAAGGGUCUUAUAAAGGCUGUUGAGGACGAGCUUCCUCACAUAGAGCAUCGUAUGUGCGCUAGACACGUCUACGGAAACGUUAAGAAGCUACAUCCCAACAAGCCUAAGUUUAAAAAUCUGUAUUGGGCAGUAGUAAAUAGCUUCAACGAGGGUGAUUAUAAAGCCUCACUUAAGGAGCUUAAAGCAUUUGACUCUCAGAUAUAUGAUGACUUGAUGGUGAGAGAUCCUACAACGUGUACUCGUGCAUUCUUCAGCACUACUUCUUCUUGCGAAGAUGGACUCAACAAUUUCUCAGAGUCUUACAACAGCGGUCUGAAGAAAGCUCGUGGUCUCCCUUUAGUGCAAAUGCUCGAGACCAUGAGGAGACAAACAAUGGUUAGAAUUGAGGUGAGGAAGAAGAAGUUGCUGAAGUACAGGAAGAAAUAUAGUGAGAAGGUUGCAAACACUAUCGCUGAAGAGGAAGAAAGACGCAAAUGGUGUAAGAAAAGGACACCUGGUCCUAAUGGUGUUUCAGAAGUAGAGGAGAUUGGCAUUUCUUACACUGUCAAUAUGGAGAAGCGAACAUGUAGCUGCAGAAGAUGGGACCUCACUGGGAUUCCGUGUCGCCAUGCUCUAAAGGUGAUUAAAGAUAAAAAGCUUCGUUCUGAGGAUUUUGUGGCAGAUUGUUACUUGACCAGUUUGUGGAAGAAGCAAUACAGUGAUUCAAUCACUCCAGUUGAAGGAAUGAAGUUCUGGAAGGAUGCUCCGGGUUCUAAGGUUGAACCACCGCCAAGACCUAAGGAGAAAGGUCGGAAGAAGAACCCGCAGAAGAGGAAGAAGUCAAUUUACGAGUCUCCUACAAAGUCUCGUAUCUUCCUCUCUCUGUUUCUCAAAGUUUUGUUCUUCUCUGGCUAUCGCGACGUAAACGAGAAAGAUGAGCUUUGUCUCUGAAAAAAAAAAAAACGACGUCGUUUAUUAGAGCACAAAACGACGCCGUUCAGUGUUAAACUUGGUCUAAUUUUAAUCCUAAUAUCCACGUAAUAAACCUGUAAAUCCACAUAAUCACCCGUUAAAUCCACAUCAGGCUCCGUUAUAAUUUGACUAACGGUAAGCUGGUCAAUGUAUGAAAUAACCUAAAAAUUUGAGUUUAUGUAUGAAAUUUGAAAAAAAUAAGGGUUGAUGUAUGUUUUAGCACAGGUGUAGAGUUGAUGUACUGAUCGGGACCGCGGACCCUUGUUGAUGUAGGAAUUGGCCGAUUUCCCUACAGGUUUCUGUUGGCAAUUCCUGCAAAGUUCAGUGUUUUUUUGGCUGAUUUCCCUUAUUAAAACAGUAUUUGUUUUCGUUAUACAAUAAAGAAAACUAGCCGGAAAGCUUGAAUACCAAACAUGCAUCAUUAUAAGCAUGAGAUUUCACUAGAAUGUGGCCCCAACCAAUGAAACUAAAAUUGUUGAUUCUUUCUCAGUUCCAAACCAACAUGAGUUGUUAUUUAUCU